CGCCUCCUUCCCCACCCGCAUGCCGUAACCGCUAAAAACGACCUGCUCCUCCUCGUCCGACACGUCGCGCACACACACCAUGCGCAAAUUCAACGCGGUCGUCCUCGGCGGUGCGCCCAAUGUCUUCAUCGAACAAUACAACCCCACCAUCGAAGAGGAGUACCGCUGCGAGCUCAUCGUCGACGGUCACAAAUGCGUCUUCACCGCACUCAACGAAAAGUACCUCAAGAACGCCCGCGGCUUCCUCCUCGUAUUCAGCCUCACGCAAGAGUCUAGCCUCCGUGACAUCGAAAACCUCAGACAACAGAUCUACUUGGCCAAGGGUUCCGACAAGGACAUUCCCAUUGUUGUCGUCGGCACCAAGCUCGAUCUAAGCAACGAGCGCGAAGUCUCACGCGCAACCAUCCACGAGCUCGCCGAGUCAUGGAAGCUCCCGUUCUAUGAAACGUCCGCCAAACGCAACUGGCACGUCACAGACGUCUUCGAAGACCUCGUCCGCCAGAUGCGCAAGCACUCCCCGGACAGGAACCCAGUCCGCAGCAAGCUCAAGAAGGACCCGUGUAUUGUUAUGUGAGAUCGGAUCGUCGCCGCUCUCUCUCACCGUCGUUCCGUCCCCGUCGUUCUCGGAUGCAUCCCAUUCCUUUGGUCUCCCGUCGCAGCCAUGCUAACCACCCACCCGAUGUAGUUUUUAUCGCGCUAUAGAACCCACGUAUACCCCUGUUGCAUACAUAACGCUAUCGUCACCCCCGCUUUCUCCGCAUCAUCACACUCGCAUUCCCCGUCUCGCACUAUGCUUUCUAUACAUAUCUGUAUGUGCUUUGUCUUCGGUGUAUGAAUUACGGCUCGCUUUGCACUUGCGGUGGAUACGUCUGACUGCACGGCUGGACCCACUCCUGCCACACAACCUAGCGCGUUCUACUACAUAUUUAUUGGAGAGUUGUGACACGCAGCUAUUGUACAUGC